UGCCUGGGCUGCCAGGGGACAUGGCAGCAGCCUUUGCAGUGGCAGACAUCGUCGUGGUGGUUCUGUACUUCGUCUUUAUCCUCGCUGUGGGGAUAUGGUCAUCGGUGCGAGCGAGCCGGGGCACUGUUGGAGGAUAUUUUCUGGCUGGACGAUCCAUGUCUUGGUGGCCUAUUGGAGCCUCCCUGAUGUCGACCGACGUGGGCAGCGGUUCGUUCAUCGGCCUGGCGGGCACGGCAGCAGCCGGGGGCAUCGCCGUCGGGGGCUUCGAGUGGAAUGCCAUCUGGCCACUGCUGGCUCUGGGCUGGAUCUUCGUGCCAGUUUACAUCGCAGCAGGAACAGACAUUUUUGCUGGAGCAUUGUUCAUCCAAACUGCUUUGGGCUGGAACCUCUACUUGUCCACUGUGGUCCUGCUAGCAGUGACUGCUGUCUACACCAUAGCUGGGGGUUUGACUGCUGUGAUUUACACAGAUGUGCUGCAGACCCUGAUCAUGGUGCUGGGAGCUAUGGUCCUCAUGUUCAUAGGAUUUGAAAAAGUUGGCUGGUAUGAAGGACUUAAGGAGAAAUACAGCACAGCAAUACCAAAGAUCACAGUCCCAAACACAGACUGUCACCUCCCACGUGCAGAUGCCUUUCAUUUGUUCAGGGAUCCCAUCACAGGAGACCUUCCCUGGCCUGGCCUUGUAUUUGGUCUCACUGUGGUGGCUCUUUGGUGCUGGUGCACUGACCAGGUAAUGGUCCAGAGGUCUCUCUCUGCCAAGAACCUCUCCCAUGCCAAAGGUGGAUCAGUGCUGGCAGGAUAUCUGAAACUCUUCCCUGUGUUUUUCCUUGUCAUGCCAGGAAUGAUCAGCAGAGCUCUUUUCCCAGAUGAAGUGGCCUGCGUGGACCCAGAGGUCUGCAAAAGGAUCUGUGGAGCUGCUGUGGGUUGUUCCAACAUUGCCUACCCCAAACUGGUCAUUGAACUCAUGCCUGAUGGGCUCCGGGGUUUGAUGAUUGCAGUGAUGAUGGCAGCCCUGAUGAGCUCCCUCACCUCUGUUUUCAACAGCAGCAGCACCCUCUUCGUGCUGGACAUCUGGCAGCGGCUCCGCAGGCAGGCCUCCGAGCAGGAGCUGAUGAUUGUGGGCAGAGUCUUCACCCUCAUCCUUGUGGUCAUCAGCAUUCUCUGGAUCCCAAUGGUUCAGUCGGCCAACAGUGGGAAGCUCUUUGACUACAUUCAGUCCAUAGGCAGCUAUCUGAGCCCACCAAUUGCAGCCCUCUUCAUCCUGGCAAUCUUCUGCAAGAGGGUGAAUGAGCCUGGUGCUUUCUGGGGCCUCAUGGCUGGCUUUGUUGUUGGUGUGAUUCGGAUGAUCAUGGAGUUCAGUUACAGUGCCCCGUCCUGUGGGGAGGAGGACAGGAGACCAGCUGUGCUAAAGGACGUGCACUACCUCUACUUUGCCCUCAUCCUCUUUGUCCUCACUGCCAUUGUCAUCCUCCUCGUCAGCCUCUGCACACCCCCCAUCCCUGAAGAAAAGCUGGAUGGCCUCAUGUGGUGGACCAGGCACAAAAAAGCACCUGCCCUAAACCUGGAAAACAGUGAAGGAGCAGCACAGACUGACCCAGAACAGAAGGAGAAGGACCUGGAGGAAGCUGCAGCUUCAGACAUUAAGGAGGAGGCAGCAGCCAAACGUCCCUGGUGGAAAAGGGUGUACAUGUGGUUCUGUGGCCUGCCCACCAGCCCCACGCCCACCCUGUCCCCCGAGGAGAAAGCAGCCCUGGAGCACAGACUCACCAGCAUCGAGGAGAAGCCCCAGUGGAAGAUUGUGUGUGACAUUAGUGCCAUUCUCCUGAUGGCCACCAACAUCUUCCUCUGGGCAUAUUUUGGCUGAGCUGGGGUCAGGACUGGCGUGGCUUUGGUUGCUCUCACCUUCCUGUCUAAGCUGGGAGCAUCAGAGGACAGAGCAGCACAUUCCUCCCCUGGAGGCACCACCUGCUGGGAAUGACUGUGGGGCUCAGUUUCUCCAUGAGGGGUGACCAAAACUCAGCACUGGUCACAUCUGGGACACAGGGGAUGUGUGGGAUAGCACGUGGGACAAGUCAGGAGGUUUGGGGUCAAGUUUAAGGGUGCAGAGCUGAGCCCAGCAAGGAGCAAAGGCUUUGGCAAGCCCAGCUGCGGCAUGGCUGGGGCUCUCUCAGGGCUGACUUUGCACUGCUGUGCUUAGGGGAAGGAGACUUAAGCACUAGCUGUGGUUUUUUAUAUGGCCAAAAUUCAGAUGGGAUCAUUUGGGGACCACUGGAUUAACUCAGCAGUGACAACCCUGGCUCCCACCAGCCUCCCCACAACCUGAGUGAGACCCAUCCCACCCCACCCCUCUUUGGUAUCAGCAGUGGGUACAGGGGGCUUCUUCCUGCUCCCCGAGCCCCCUGUCCUCCCCCUCUGCUGCAGAGGGCUGGGCUCACCCCAGCCUGCCUGAGCCUGUUUGCUCUCAGGGCUGAUGCUGCCCCUCCCCAGCAUUUCCAGCAAUAAAGGUGCCUGGGUAACCAAGCA